UUCAACAAAAUUUCAAAAAUUGGACGAGUGGAAAUCAUGUCGUUGAUGAAUUUAUUCAAAAAGCACAAUUAAAAGCUAAAGAUGAGGACAAUAUCAUAGAGUGGAUUGAAUAUGAUAAAUUUGAAAAUGUUGAAUAUUUAGCAAAAGGGGGAUUUGGAACUACUUUUAAAGCAGUUUGGAAAGAUGGUGGUAAAACAAAAGUCGCUUUAAAGUGCUUACAUAAUUCACAAGAUAUUACAGCAGAUUUUUUAAAGAAGUAAGAGUUGAAUUAAAUAUUUUAGUAUUUAAAGGUAGUAGUUUCAUAGUUCGUUGUUUUGGUAUUACUAAAGAUCCAAAAACAAAUAAUUUUAUGAUGGUGAUGGAAUUAAAAAAUGGUAGUAUAAGACAACAUUUAAAUAACAACUUCAUUUCAUUGAAUUGGAGGCAAAAGUUAAAUAGUUUAAUUAAUAUUUCAAUUGGUCUUAAAGAUAUUCAUUAUAAUGGACUUAUUCAUCAUGAUUUUCAUUGUGGAAAUAUAUUAAGCAAUUUUGACGGAAAUACUUUUAUUACUGAUUUGGGAUUAUGUCAACCAGCAAAUGUCAAAUCUCCUCAAAAUAGUAAUAAAAAAAUAUAUGGAGUAUUACCUUAUGUGGCACCAGAAGUUUUAAGAGGAAAAAAAUAUACAGAAGCAAGUGAUAUUUAUGGAUAUGGAAUCAUUGCAUACGAAAUUUGUACAGGGUUCCCUCCUUAUCAUGAUAUAGCUCAUGAUGAAUUCUUAGCAGUGAAAAUUUGUAAAGGGUUGAGGCCAAAGUCAAAUUAUAAAAUUCCUCAAUUAAUUCUUGACAUUAUUAAUCAAUGUUGGGAUGCUGACCCUUUAAAACGACCUGAUGUACGUAAAUUAGAUGAGUCUAUUUGGGAUUUAUGGGAUGCUAUUAAGGAAAAUAAAGAGGAUUCUGUAAUUUAUGAGCAAAUUAGAGAAGCAGAUGAUAUCAAUAAAAGGUUAUCUUUUUCAUCACCUUUAAUAACUACUGGUGCUAUAUCAUAUAUAACACAUCCUCAAGCAGUUUACACGAGUAGACUUUUAGAUUUUAAAAAUCUUCCAGAACCUAAAAAUGCUGACAAAAAUGAUGAUUUAGAAUAUUCAGAUUCUUUAAAAAUGGAUUUUACUAAACUUGAUCUUAAUUCUAAAGAUGAAAGUAAUUAA